AUGUCGCACAACCAGUGGUCUGGUGCACAAUAUCCGACAUCUUCGAAAAGCGGGUCCUCUGAUAUGAGCAAAAGUCUUCCGGAGACAAGUUGGGACGACUGGUCUGAUAUCAAAGAUCCUGUUGCACGGCGAAAGAUACAAAAUAGACUCGCUCAAAGAAGAUUCCGUGACAAGAUCAAAGAACAGAAAGAGGACGCUGAGAGAGAAGCAGAAAACCAAAAAAGAGCUGCAGGCUCAUACGUAUCACCGGAGCCAGAAAGUUUCAAGCCAGACCAGACACUCUCCGGAUUACCGUGGGGUGGUAUUUCAAUGAGAUACAUUGUAGAGCAAGGGAGACGCAGAGACCAGAUAUAUCGCCAGAGCUCAUAUCUAAACACUGGGUAUGAAGGCCUAUUCUACACCGGGACAGGUAGCAACAGACCUGGACUUCAUCUUUCCGACCGUUUCGCACGUAGUCCUUCGGUAUGGGGUUAUUUCCGUGGUCUUCCAUACCACCAUUCAGGGCGGGACCCGAGCUGA